AAAGUAUCACCCAAGUUUCUUAAGUAUAAAAAGGAAAGAACGCAAAAGCUACAAAAAUGGCAAGGACCCUCAAUUCCAUCUGCUUCACCAGUCUUCUGCUCGUUCUCUUGUUCAUUUCGGCCGAGAUCCCGAAGACUGAAGCUAAUGACUGUGAUAAGUUCUUAGGCGAAGCCACAGUGUCUUACCCAUGUAGGGAAAGAGAGUGUGAAGCCCAAUGCCAUGAGCAUUAUGAGCACUCAUGUAAAGGAGAGUGUGAGGAUCAUGACCACGUCGUGCAUCAUGACCACGAUGACGAAGAGCAUUGCCACUGCUACGGUCAUUGAAUACUAUAAUUUUACAAAUGAACUCGAAUAACAAAUAAGAUUGUAUCUCUCUAUAAUGUAAGUGUGGUUUCCGAUGUAAGGAAAUGUGUGUAAGUCGUUUCGUCUCUGAUAAAAUAGUAGGACGAAGCUAAUGAUAGCUUCUCUCUGCGUCUAUAAUAAGAUCAUCAUGUUGUAUGCUUUUUCGUUUUGAUAAUAAAACUAUUUUUGUGUUUUUUCUA